ACAUUUGACAGCGUUGUCAUCUUCACCUCCAGCUGCCAGGUCGGCGAGGUUGGGUGGUCUCCGGCGGCGAGGACGCUCGGUGGACGGCAUGGGCUCCAUCCUCUCCGAGUUCAGCUACCUGUUCCAGAGUUUCACGGAGGGCGAGCUGAAGCAGAUCGUGGGCGCGCUGGUGGACCGGAAGAGCCAGCGGCGGGAGAGUGCGGAGGACUCAGCGGAGGACGAUGAGGUGCAGGGCGGCACGGCCGGGUGGAGCACGGAGGACAGGCAGGGCCGCAGGACUAAACGCGCCCACAAGGGCAAGAAGGGCUGCUCGCUGCAGGAGGUGCGGCGCACCGUCACGGAGCUCGGCCUGGGCUACGAGAGUGACGAGACGGUGGUGUUCCGCUACUGCAGCGGCCGGUGCACGACGCAGCGACGCAACUACGACAUCAUCCUGGAGCACCUGCAGAAGGGCCGGCAGCUGGACGAGAGCAGCGUGAGCCUGGAGCGCAAGGCCCGGGCCAGGAGGGACAAAGCCCGCUACAGCCCCUGCUGCCGGCCCACGCGCUACGAGAACUCCAUGUCCUUCCUGGACAACAAGAACCAGUUCUACACCAUCCCAUACGUCUCGGCCCGGGAGUGCGGGUGUGUGUGA